AUGAAAACCGCGUUACCUCGUAUCAAAUUGCCGCAAUUUUCGGGCGCGUUUGAGGAUUGGCCUUCGUUCCGCGAUCUGUUUCUCUCCGUGAUCGGCGACAACUCCGCAAUGUCAAAAAUUGAGCGAUUGCACUACCUUCAGUCGUGUCCCCAAGGGCCCGCUGAAAGGUUAAUUCGGCCAUUGCCAGUCACUGGCAAAAAUUAUGACCGAGCAUGGGCGCUCUUAAAAAAGCAUUUUGAAAAUAAGGAGCUAAUACGCUCUAAUUUCGCCGCCUUUACCGCUGUAAAUAAAAUGAAGGGAGAGACCGCGGAAGAACUCAGCCGAAUCUAUCACGCCGUAACGACCGCCGUGAACGCGCAGGAGAGCAUCGGGCGGCCAAUCAACUCACACUGCAUGGAUCUUUUUAAUUUUUUGGUUGUUGAGUUGUUUGAUUCUCGCACGCGCUUGGAAUGGGAGUCCUCAACCUGCGACUCUUCAAACCCACCGAACUACGACGUGCUGUUGAAGUUCAUCACCAAGCGCAUGCUCACGUUAAUGGCAGCAAAGCAAACGAGCACCGCGAAAACCUCAGGAGACUCAUCGCGUUCCGCUAAAUCGCACUUCACGAAAGGCGAGUUCAAUUCAGCACAGUGCGCGUUAUGCAAGAAACGGCAUUCGAUCAUGGUGUGCAGCCAGUUCAAGGCGAAGCCAGCCAACGAGCAUCGGUUUUUCAUCGAAGCCAAUCGACUGUGCUUUAAUUGCCUUGGCAAUCAUCCAGUCGCCAAAUGUCAGUCGACCAAGAACUGCUGA